AUGAAGAUAUUAAGUGGGUCACCACAAGCUGACAAAGCACAAACACCAGUGAUAUCACUUGAUUGGACGGAAUGUUUAGAUAAACGACCGACGGAUCGUACAAGUGACGAUCUGGAUACGAUUUUUUCUAAAUUGAAAGAUGUGAAAGCUUUUGAAAAAUUCCAUCCACUGCUCAUUCAACAACUUUGUUAUUAUAGUUAUUUUGAAUAUCUUGAAAAAGGAGUGACGCUCUUUCGUACCGGUGCUCUCGGUGCCAACUGGUUUGCAAUACUAAGCGGCAGUGUCGAUGUAUGUGUCCCGGCAGAAAAUGGCAAAGGACAUACACUUAUUUGUACGUUGGAAGCCGGCGCUGCUUUUGGUGAAUCCAUUCUCUACGACACACCUAGAAAUGCAACGGUUAUAACUUCAGCUGUUGUAAUGCUUCUAAGAGUGGAACAAAAGGAUUUCAAAAUUCUUUGGGAGCGUAAUAAACAAUAUAUGCAUGGCGUUAUAACUAGUCUCAGUCGAUUGACAAAUACAUUAGAUCCAAAACGUCGUGCUUCAGAAUUUGAUCCGUCACUUCUUCCACAAGUUGCCAGUUCAAAAUUUCUUAAAGAUGAUCCAACACGAAAUCCUGCCCUACCAAUUGUGCCUACUGCUUCUGUACGAAUUCAACAUGCUGCAUAUGUUUUGCGAACGUGUAUCCUUAGCAAAGCACCACAAAUGAUACGUGAUCGUAAAUAUCAUUUGAAAAUGCAUCGAAGUUGCCUUGUUGGCUCUGAAAUGGUCGACUGGUUAAUUCAUCAGAGUCCAAUAGUUCAUUCGCGAAGUCAGGCUGUUGGCAUGUGGCAAGCAUUACUGGAAGAAGCAGCGAUCGCUCAUGUAUCACAAGAACAUUAUUUUAAAGAUAAAUAUUUAUUUUACCGUUUUUCUGGUGAUGAAGACGGGAAAAUGAUAAGACCCGGCAGUGCCGAACAAAAUGCAAGUGAAGAACAAUUAAAUGAUGUGAUUCUUACUUUAGCACAGGUCGGACCUGAUGCUAUGCUUCGAAUGAUUUUACGAAAACCACCACAUGAACGAACUAUUGACGAUCUAGAAAUUAUCUACGAUGAAUUAUUACAUGUCAAAGCUCUUUCACAUCUCUCAUCGCUGGUUAAACGUGAAUUAGCUGGUGUUUUGAUCUUCGAAGCUCAUCCGUUCAAAGGCGAGAUUUUGUUUAGCCAAGGUGAUGAAGGCAAAUCAUGGUAUAUCAUUUUAAAAGGUUCAGUUCAAUGUAGUAUCUAUGGAAAAGGAGUUGUUGGAACAUUGCAUGAAGGUGAUGAUUUUGGUAAAUUGAGUUUAGUUAAUAAUUCACCACGAACGGCAACGAUUAUUUUAAAUGAAGAUAAUACACAUUUCUUACGUGUUGAUAAGGACGAUUUUAAUCGAAUUCUUCGUGAUGUCGAAGCGAAUACAAUUAAAUUGAAAGAAUUUGGAAAGGACGUUCUCAUACUGGAAAAGGUACCGAUAAAUGUUAAAACGUCUGAUGGAACAUAUCAAGUUUGUUACAAAUAUUCGGUGAUGUCUGGUACAGCAGAAAAGAUGCUUGGAUAUCUUUUAGAAACAUAUAUUUGUAUUAAUUGUGAAGAGGCUGACACGAGUCUCGAAGAUUUUUUUUCCACUUAUGUUAUUUUUAUGCCAACGAAUCAAAUCUGUGCAACAUUAUUGACAAUUUACAAAGCAAAACCGCAGCAGCGUGCCGGAGAACAAAUGGAUUCAACAUUAAGAGAGAAAAUCAAAGUUAUUCGAUUUAUUCUCGAAUGGCAUGACGUGACAAAGGAAACGUUUUUCGAAGAUCCGAAGAUCAAUGUGUUUCUUGAUGAAUUACAUCAAUUAAUGCGUGUCGAUGUGAAGGUCUAUCCUCAAUUAAAGGAUGAGAUGAAAUCAUUGGAAACAAUUAUGGAAAAUGAUUCAAAUUCUAAGGAACCAAAAGAACAACGAAAGAGUAAAUUACCAUGGAAACAACGAAACAGUAUCGAUAAACCAAAGAUGAUUCGAGCAUCGGAUGAGGUUAUCUUCAAAGUUUAUUGUGCUGAUCAUACGUACACAACGAUGAAAAUGCGAGUUGAUACACCAGCAUCGAGAAUUAUUCGUUUAGCUGCUGACAAACUAGGAUUACGUACGGAUCAACCUGAUGAUUUAAAGCUAUGCGAAGUAAAAUCCACAGGAGAACGGUUAAUAUUCAAGGAAAGUGAUCUAAGCAUUUCCUUUGGUUUAUCGUUGAACGGUCGUCUAUUCUUAGCACCGGGUGAUCAUCUCGAUGCAUUAGUGCCUUUGCCAGAACAAGAAGGUCCACAACGUGGUACUUGGCAGAAAUUAGAAAUGUUCGGCUCGAAAGAACUUGCCUAUGCAAUAACCAUGCAUGAUUACGAUUUGUUCAUGGCUAUUAAUCCACAUGAAUUACUUUAUCAAGUGUUUGGUCGGUAUAAAUAUGGCAAAAUAACAUCAAAUUUAGAUACAUUUAUGCGGCGAUUCAAUGAAAUUCAAUAUUGGAUUGUCACGGAAAUAUGUUUAACACCAAGUCCUGGUAAACGAGUACAACUUCUUCGGAAAUUCAUCAAACUCGCUUCAUAUUGCAAAGAAUAUCGAAAUCUGAACUCGUUCUUUGCAAUUGUCAUGGGUUUGAGUAACAUUGCCGUUAGUCGUCUGUCUCUUACUUGGGAAAGAUUACCGAGUAAAAUUAAACGAAUGUUUUCCGAAUUCGAAACACUCAUGGAUCCAUCGCGUAAUCAUCGCGUUUAUCGAUCAACAUUGACAAAACUUACACCACCAAUUAUACUAUUCAUGCCACUUCUACUAAAAGAUUUAACAUUUACUCAUGAAGGCAAUAAGACAUAUAUAAUCGAAGGUUUAGUCAAUUUUGAAAAAAUGAGAAUGCUAUCACAUACGAUGCGUACAUUGAAAAUUUGUCGAAGUCAAACAUUGCAAUUACAAGUGCCACAAGGUGCAAAAAAUCUUUCGGAAAUUCAAGAAUAUGUUCGCGAAAUGAACGUUAUCGAUAAUCAACGUAUUCUAAAUCAACUAUCCAAUAAACUCGAACCGCGUCAAACUUAA